AUGGGUGUCUUACUAGCGCAAAGCGAGCUUCCUUCUGCGGAAAUGUUGGCUGCAUACCAUGCCUACGAGUACGUGGCUUAUUGCACAACACUCGUGUUUGUGGUCAUCACAAUCACUGUCAUCCUAAGUAAGAUAGAUUAUGAUCCCACUCAAUAAAUUUUUUAGCCACUUCUCAAGGUGUCAGUCAAUAUCGUUGGUACCUUCUUCAUGGACUGAUUUGGUAGGAUUGAAUCUCUUUUAUUGUGAGAAUUUAAUCCCUGUUCUUCAGGUCCUUAUUAUUCGAUACGAUGGGAACAUUGAUCGGGGCUGUUGUCCUCUUCCCAUUGCCUUGCUACUUUGGCGUCAACGCGGCUAGUAACAUCGCCGGCCACACCCAGGCAGUUUACUUUUUUGUUGGUGUCGCGACUCUCGUUGGCAAAAUCUUCGCCCUUAUAUUUCAAUUUGAAUAUCGAUAUUACCAAGCCCAGUCCAGUUCGUCCAAGUAUCGCGUUAUGUGCAGCUAUGUGAGCGGUAAUAUGGAACUGGCUCUGAGGGCGGGAAUUUUGGUUUUUAUGAUAAUACUGAUAUUGGUAGGUUGGGAAUAUAUCGGCCGUUUUUUGUUUGUAGUUGGGUUUCUUUGGGCUGCAUUAAUUUCAAGGGAUUUUCCGGUGAGGGCCAAUUGAAUAUAUGUUUUUGCAAAGACAAGUGAUUAGUUGGACCCACAAUGACUUAAACUCAACGCGAAGUUGCUGUACUAGGCCACCAGCUCUUCCAGUGAGAGCAAAAUUGGCUUGAAUACUAAGGACAGGCCGGACCCGGCCCUGAGAAACCCAAAAAGUGGGGACAAAAUCGAUCAUCUUGAUGACCGGCCAAACGCAUUUUAUACGAAGCGAAAGCACUGCACAAAAAAAUAAAGAUUAUUUCAGCUCCCAUUUGCCCUAUUCUUCCCUGACCAAGAUGAACAACGAGCCCAGUUAGCGUACCUCGAUCCAGUUGUUGCUCAAGUCAUCAAGGAACAUCCGGAUUUACUCUGCUUCUCCACUGGAACAGACGCUACAAAAGUUAUAAUAAUUCCGUUCUUUUUUUGUCGUCCUCCUGCCCUGUGUGGGGUUUCUGGCCAUAUUUGUGAUCUAUACCUCAAUCAGAAAACAACACUUUACCGCUAG